UUCUGCCAUAAAAACAAUAUGUCUGCUAGACGGAUCAGAAGCUCAAAAGCAACAUUGAUAUCAACGUUAUUAUCAAAUAACCUCUGACAAACAAUGUUGAUUUCACUGAAAUUUCUUUUUUGAUGUAUCUUCUUUAUUUUACACGUCUUUUAUUGGAAUUUUCUUUGGAAUUAUUUCAAAUUAUUCCCAAUGACAUACGUUUAGCAGGUGAAGAAGAAAUUCAAAAGCAACAAAAAUAUCGACAUUAUUAUCAAAUAACCUCUGACAAACAAUGUUGAUUUCACUGAAAUUUCUUUUUUGAUGCAUCUUCUUUAUUUUACACGUCUUUUAUUGGAAUUUUCUUUGGAAUUAUUUCAAAUUAUUCCCAAUGACAUACGUUUAGCAGGUGAAGGAGAAAUUCAAAAGCAACAAAAAUAUUGACAUUAUUAUCAAAUGUAUUGUGAUAAAUUACAUUGACUUUACUAAAUACCCUUCUUUGAUUUAUCGACUGCUUUUUUAAAUACUUACUUAAAAGAAAAAUACUUGAAAUUAUUUCACAAAAAAAAAAAAAGGAGAAAAAGGUUCGUAGAAAAAUAUGGAGAGUUGAUGCCGAAGCCAGGAGAUUUUUUAUAAAUGUGCUGCUGUGUUUAUACACCCAUGUUCCACUGCUAAAGUCUCUUAUAAUACAUACCUACAUACAGAGAUACAUACUUAAAAGCGGGUGCAUAUUCUUAUGCUGCUCUUCAGAAAGUUCACAACGCAACAUAGAUAUGUGUGUAUAUCUACAGAACUAUAUCUAGCACCAUAAAAAUCAUGUUUCUAUGGAAGGACCAACUGACCAUGUAUAUAUAAAUUUAUUCACAAGUAUGUAUUUUUAUGUCUGUGUGUAAAAAUUAGACGAAGCAAAAAUGUCGACUGGCAACUUUCCGACGAUGUACCCUGUAGAGUCGUUUGAUAAUUUGACCGACGACUUGAGUUGUGCGGAUUUCCCUGAGUGCCGACCUUCGUUCUACGUUGGAGAAGAUUUGAUCAUUAAAUCGGAAAAACCAAUUGAUGGCAACAAGAUCAAAGUCGGUGUGUGUGCAAUGCGCAAGAAGUCAAGAUCGAAACCCAUGUGCGAAAUACUGGACAGACUGGAACGCUUUGACUAUAUUGAGGUGGUCGUCUUUGAGGAGACGGUCAUCUUGGAUGACCCCGUCGAGGACUGGCCUGUGGUUGAUGCCCUCAUCGCCUUCUUCUCCAAUGGGUUCCCACUAGAGAAAGCAGUACAGUAUGAGAAACUGCGUAACCCUUUCAUGAUUAACGAUCUCCAAAUGCAGUAUGUCCUCCAAGACAGGAGAGAAGUCUACAAAAUACUCAAGAAAGAAUGCAUCGCCCACCCUCGUUAUGCUGUCCUGAAUCGAGAUGUCAAUGAUGAGACUGACCUACAGUUCACAGAAACUGAAGAUUGCAUCGAGAUGUCUGGCGAUGUGUUCCAGAAGCCCUUCGUUGAGAAACCUGUCGAUGCGGAGGACCAUAACGUCUACAUAUAUUUCCCCGUGGCCGCUGGAGGGGGAAGUCAGCGUCUAUUCAGAAAACGGUGGUUGUCAGCUAGCAAUCUUGAUGAUGACAUAAAAUAUACCCGACCUGUCAGUAGGUACCAUAUUGGCGCUCGAAGUAGUGUAUACUCCCCAAUUAACAAGGUACGAAAAACAGGGUCCUACAUAUACGAAGAGUUCAUGCCCACAGAUGGCACCGACGUAAAGGUAUAUGCAGUUGGCCCUGACUACGCCCACGCUGAAGCGAGAAAGUCUCCCGCACUUGAUGGCAAAGUAGAAAGAGAUAAAGACGGCAAGGAAGUACGAUAUCCUGUUAUUCUCAGUGCCAUGGAGAAGUGCAUUGCCAGAGAAGUUUCCCUUGCCUUCAAGCAAACUGUGUGUGGUUUUGAUCUUCUCCGUGCUAAUGGGAAAUCUUAUGUGUGUGAUGUCAAUGGAUUCAGUUUUGUGAAGAAUUCCAGCAAAUAUUAUGAUGAUUGUGCUAAGAUACUAGGGACUAUGGUAAUGCGGAACCUGGCGCCUCAGCUGCACAUCCCAUGGGUUCUAGGUUCAGCUCCAGAAGAUGUACCAGUUGUCCCUACAACAUCAGGCUCAAUGAUGGAACUCCGCUGUGUCAUUGCAGUUAUCAGACAUGGAGACAGAACUCCAAAACAGAAGAUGAAAAUGGAAGUCAAACACGCCAAGUUUUUCGAGCUGUUUCAAAAAUACCAGGGCUACAGGAAGGGCCACCUGAAACUGAAGAAGCCCAAACAGCUACAGGAGGUGUUGGAUAUCGUUAGGUUUUUGUUGAACGAGAACAAAGUGAAGAAGAACAGUGUCAUAGAGGAGAAGAAGGCCAAACUGGAGCAGUUGAAACUUGUGUUAGAAAUGUAAGUAUUUGCCACUGUUCUGCAGUGAUGGUCA